AUGUGUGUGCCGGCGUCCGAGCCGUCCGAGGUGACCGCGGCGGAGGAGGAGCACGAGGCCGAGGCGCCUGGCUCGGAUGGGGCGGCGGCGGCGGUCGCCUCCGGACCCAGGCCGCAGCCAGUCCGCAGGCCGAUCGACGCCCCGCGCUGGCUGCGGGACGCGUGCUUCGACCUCGGCCGCGCCAUCACGUGCGUGAGGAUAGACCUGUCUGCCAACGGGGUGACGGACGCGGGGCUGGGCGAGCUGAUCGCGGCCGGCAGGGAGGGCGGGCUCCGCCACGUCGUCCGCCUCGACCUGUCGCACAACCGCCUGACGGACGCCGGCGUGUGCUCGCUCGCCGACGCGCUCGCCGACGGCUGCUUCCGCAACCUGUGCGACCUCCGGCUGGGCGGGAACGGGUUCGGCGACCCCGCGCUCGAGCAGCUGGCCCUCGCGCUCUACUCGCCCACCCUCCAGGCGCCCAUCCGCGAGCUCAACAUCUGGCGCCACCGCGGCACCACCGCCGGCCGGCAGGCGCUCGAGGCUGCGGCGGCGGCGCUCGAGGCGCCGGCGCAGGUGAAGCCGCCAAUCGCAUUCUACCUGACGGUCGCCUUUCCCUCGGGCGACAAGUCGAUCGGCGUACCCGCCUCGCCGCUCGACGUCCUCGAGGAGCUCCUCUCCUCCUGCCUGCGCUGCGCGCAGUGCCGCGGGCCAGACGACGCGACGCGCGACGCGAUCGACGAGGUGCACGCGAAGUUCCUGCAGUGGCAGGAGCGGUGGACCUUCACGAUCGACCUCACGCCGCAACACACCGCCGCCGCGGGGUCGCAGGCCCGAAUGUCACAGCCGGGCAGCGUGAAGAGAGUGAAGUGAGCGCUGGAGAGAGAGAGAGAGCUAGUCACUUGCUCGAGAGUCACCGGCAAGUGUGGACUGUGCACUGUGUGGGGACUCUCUGGAGUGUGGAGACCGUGGAGUCUGGUCUCUGCAUGUGCCGCGCCCUAGCUCGCUCAGAGCGGUGUCCACCCGCGUGUUGGGAACUUAUAUAAGAGCCGUAAGUGUGAGAACACGUUC